GGGAUAACAGCCGCGCUCUUCUACGGCUUCAUGAGCGUCGCGAGCGUCUUCUUAAACAAAGCGAUCUUCGAGGUCUGGAAGUACAGGUACCCGGCGUCGCUCGUCGCGGGGCAGACGAUCUUCACGGUGUGCGCGAUCGCGACGCUGACGAAGAUCAACGUCAUCCGCAUCGGCAAGUUCAACUACGCGCACUUCCGAAGGGUCUUCCCGGUCGCCGCGGUGUUUCAGCUGAAACUCGUCCUGGACAUGUCCGCGCUCGUGCUCGUGAACAUACCCAUGUACGGCGUGUUGAAGUCGUCCACGACGCCGUUCGUGAUGCUCCUGGACUACGCGCUGCGCUCGCGCGUCCCCGCGUCGCGCGUCCAGAUGGCGGUGUGGCUCACGACGAUGGGCGGCUUCGUCGCCGGGUGCGGGGACUUCACCUUCGAUCCGCUCGGCUACGCGCUCGCGCUCGCCUCGGCGAUGUGCACCGCGUGCUACGUCGUCCUCGUCGGCAAGAUCGGGGACGAAUUACAGCUGGACUCGUUCACGCUUCUGCUGUACAACUCGCUGUGGUCGACGCCACUCUCGCUGGCGCUGAUGGUGGUCACCGGGGAGUUCACCGGGGUGACGGCGUACCCGCACAUGGGCGAAAAGGCGUUUUUGCUCGCCUUCGCCACGUCGUGCGGCAGCGCGUUCAUCUUGAACUACGCGACGUACGUGUGCACGCAGAUAAACGACGCGCUGACGACGUCCGUGGUGGGACGCACGAAGAGCGUCGUGCAGGGCGUCGGCGGGUUGUUCGCGUUCAAGGUGAAGACCGGGGUUGUGAACAUCUCCGGGUUGUUGCUGAACAGUUUAGGGAUUUGUUGGUACGCGUACGAGAGGUACGUGGACGAGAGACGGCGG